AUGGUGAAAGAUGAUCAGCAAGAAGCCGUUGCUCACUACAGAUGCGACAUUUGGGGUCAUCCAACACAACAACUUGGCUCUUACAUCGCCACUUUCAUUACCGAAGCAUUCUUAAACCACAAGCAAAAAUACAGACAAGUCGGAGCCGUGGCUUACACGGAUGUCGGGUUGAUUCUUAUCCGUGUUGUGUCUGUCCUCGGGAACGUAUCCUUGUACGUGGUUAAUCCCGUUUCACGGGAAUGCGUAGAAACGGAUCCUCCAUGGUGUGAAGCAGAGGAGGAUUACUGGAACCUAGGUUUAGCCACACUAACCGAUAGAGAUGGCGUCGUUUUGGGUUACAAAGUCGUUCUUCUAUAUGAUGCUAUACCACGGAAAAAGAUUUUUAGUUUGCUGAUAUAUUCGUCAGAGACUGGCUUGUGGAGUCAAGAAACCGUACAGUUUCCUUACUCUUUUAGCCGUCAGGAGUUUCGCUGUUCCAUUAGCUUGAACGGAAAUCUUCACUGGGUCGCUCGCAACAACGUGAAUGAUGAAGUUGUUGUAUCCACCGACUUCUACGGUUCUGAGCAUCUUGUUUGUCGUGUUACGCGUUUCCCUGAUUUAGAAACAUCUCCAGAGUUUCAAAGAUUCUGCACUGUUUUGUAA